GGUUGUCUUACACUUUUAUCACAUGUUGAGAUUAACUGUAGGCAAUACAUUACAUUACAUGAACUCUCCUCUGAUUUUAUCUGCUCUUCGUCUCUCAUUGAAGCUGACCCAACCCUUCAUGGAUACUCUGGACCUGCUGAGCCCUUACCUGUUCUGAUACAAAGGGAAGAACUUUGCAGUGAAGGAGGGUUUGAAACCCAAAUACCUCGAUGCUCUCCAGCAUGUGGAUGUCCACCCGAAUGAUAUCUAUCUGAUCAUUUAACCAAAGUCAGGCACAAUAUGGAUGCAGCAGAUUAUUGUCAAGAUCAUGGAUGCUGCACACCCUGACCAAGUGGAGGACGCCACUAAUAGAUUGCGUUUUCCCCAGCUGGAGGGUAGAACUGUGGACAACUUUCUUCGAGAAAGGCCAGAUCCCCGGCUCUACCGUACACACCUGCCCCCUAACAUGUUGCCCCAUGGAGUGAAGACCAAGAGAAUCAAGGACGUCAGCGGGGAAGUCUUGAAGCUUUGUGCUUUUCUGGGAAAAGCUUUGACUGAUGAAGCCAUUGAUCAUGUUGUGGAGAUGUCCUCCUUCAAACACAUGAAGACAGACCCCAACACAAACUAUAAGGAGUUACUAGAAAAACAGCGCUACCAGAAGGAAACCAUGCGCAAAGGUGUGGCAGGCGACUGGAAGAAUUUCUUCACCGUAGCCCAGAAUGAGCUUUUUGACCGAGUGUUCACAGAGAGUUAGGGAAAUUCAUUUUGCAGAAAGGGGAUUAAAGAAGUCUGAUAUUGUUUUUUAUAUAUAUAUAUCUGUCCCUCAAUAUCCCUAGUUCCAGUCACUACCUCUGUAUGCGCCACAACAAUCUUGUGCUGUUAGACCUGCUGCUAUGGAGCUUGGGCAGCGCAUUUUCUCCCAGCCACUUAUAUCUUUGCCUAAAGUUACAAAUCCAGAUGUUGUUCAUCUUGUUGAAAAAUUUCCACUCCCAAUCACACAGCUGCAUGGCA